AUGUUUUUUUUUUCCCCUUCCAAAACCUCAAACAUAAUCUCCUUCUUCUUUAACUCCCAUAUCUAUGUCAGGUACGUGAGAUUCGGACCCAAUUCUUCCACCGCCUCAACAAAAUCCGCUACAUCUCCCACCCGGCCGUCCGCAGCUGCGGGCGCGGGUGCGAUUGUAGGUUUAGGUGCGCCAUCGCUUGCAGUUGGCGGUAGCAAUAGCAGCGGCGCGGGGGGGAAAGGGACGUACAGUUCAGAGUGGAAGUCGCACUUCACGGGGUCGAAUGUAGCUGGUAGUGGUAAUGGUGUUGGUGAAGAGUCGGGCCAGUUGCCGAUUUACCUGUCAAUAUACAAGCAGAAGAACGAUGUGGAGCCCGUAGUGCGAUACCCGUUAUCUUCAAUCGCAUCUUGCUAUAUCGGCGACGUAGCCGGGAGACACAAGAAAAAGUCCGUAGUCCUACCCACGCUAGUAGUCAACCUUCGUACCGAACCAGCUCUGUCAUCAUCCCGCUCAUUUCGGCGGCGAAGCCAUGACAUGCCGCCAAAAGAUAGCGUGAAGAGGGAAUCGCCAGGAAAGGAAACGCUGCUCUUCAGACCGGGGUCGGAGGCCAAUUCGCUGGAAAGAUGGGCGCGGGAAAUUCAAUCCUAUUUAAUACCUAGUUCAUCACACUCCAACGCAACGGUGAACACUCUGGAAUCUGCCUUCCGGGAGAAAUUCAGCGACCCCGAUGACAUACCCGGUUCAUCGUCGUCACUGUUCAUCAUUAACGGCGAGCCGACCACAGCAUUGCUUAGUCCCUCACUGCGCUCGAUGGCUAGUAACUUGUCAAGCAUAGAUUCGGAUGAUAACGGCAGUCUGCUAAGUAGCCCAGCGUCGGAAAUGAACUCACCAAAAGACCUGGAUAGGGCGGACCGACGGCCGAGUCUGCACAUCGCGACCAAGCUCCGAAACUACAUGGGCCCCGCGUCGCCCGCAUCGCCCGCAUCACCCGACAUCGCCAACACUAACGGCUUCCCUAGCAUGCACACAGCAUCCCUAAACCCCACCCGCACCACCUCUCCCACCGCCGAUCCGGUACCCGCUCGCCGCGAGACCAUCCUGGACCGGUUUUUCUCGACAGCCCCGUCCAGCCCAUCGACGACCUCGGCCCCAGUUCCCAUGAACUCAAUAGCCCGCUUCGAGGCACUAAUAGAAGACAUGGAAUCCGGCGAGCUCCGCGCCCGCGACGAAUCCCUGAGCAUAAGAAACCACCCUCGCCGAAUCCCGAGCCCGACCCAACGCGCACUUGAAUACGUCUCAACUGGCUACCUGGACGAACCCUCCCCCUCCCCUCCUUCUUCACUUUCAUCAUCAACUAGCACCAUGGACCCCGUCGACACGACCCACCUCUCCCCGGAUGACCCCCGGCUCCCUUCCCCCCUAACGGAAUCCCUCGGCCUAACCCUCUCGCGCCAGCCUUCGGAAGCCUCUCUGGGCACAACGACCAGCGUCACGAACUCGCAGGCGGAGACUCAAUCGCAGUCGCUCGGUGUGUCGAAUAGCAAGCGCCACUCGCUCGCCGAGUUUUCCAUGGUGCGAAUCGCCACGCCGCCGCUUUUUCAGAUCGCAGGGUCGAGGAGGGGAUCGCAUUCUGAUAUACCGAGGACGUCGGAGUCGUAUGAUGAUGGGCCGGCGCCCCUUGCCACCCCGAAUUUCUCGUCGCAUCCCAGGAUUGCCAGGGCGCUAUUUGGAGGGUUUUCGUUUUGAGUGCGGGGGGCUCUGGAUUGGGUGUUUUUUUUGUUCUUUUCAGUGUAUGUGUAGGGUAUUGGGGGGAAUAGGGGAGGUGAUGAGGUGAAGGUUUUUUUUUUGUUAUUCCGGCGUUGAAUUUUAUGUUUUUGUUAAUUCAUUGAGCGGGGUCGCGUCAUGUUUUAUUCUGUCUGAUGGAGAUGAGAUGGCAAUCCUUUUCUUAUCACUUUUCCUCCCUUUCCCCCCACCGAGGGAGAGGCAAGGGAGGUACUGUUGGACCAUCAUGUUGACUUACUACUGGUCUAGUUUGUCAUGUCCAGUGGUUUCUCACCCCUCUCUCGGACCUUUGUUUACUAUUCUCUCCUAUCUCCUCUCUUGAGGCAUGGCCCAUAUUCUUGUACAGUAUCUUUUUCUUUUUUCUUUUUCUUUUUUCCUUGCUAUUCUGUUUAGCGAGCGAGUGAUAGUAGAAGACUGAACGGCUCGGGCCGAGAUGGGGGGUGCUUGGUAUGAUAGUAUGGUAGCAAAGCGUAGUAUAACAGACAGGCGCGAGGAAGCAGCAAGCGAACAAGCAAGCGAGAAAUGUAGCAUAGACUAACAAAUAAUACCAUACCAUUAUCAAUAGUUCA